AUCGACUGCAUUCAAUCCCACUUCACGCUCGCCAUCAAAGACAAGACCAUGUGGCCUCCUACUUGCUGCAGUGACGCUCCUAUACCCAUCUCAUUCGUUCAAGGUAUGCUGACUCCCGACAGAUACGCCACUGUUCUUCGCCGCGCUCAGGACUGGGCUCUGCUGACUACUCCACCAAUCUAUUGCGCCAAGCCUUCUUGCUCCAAGCAUCUCAAUCCUUCCUUUAGGCAAAUCAGUCCUACCAUUGACAACAACAUCUCUUGCCCUGACUGUCAGACUCAGACCUGCACAGCAUGCAAAAUGCUGUCCCACAACGGUCCUUGUCAGCCUGACACAGUCAGAGAGCAGCUUCUGGCUCUCAAGUACGCACCCUGUCCCUUCUGUGGAAACAUGAUCGAGCUCAUCGCCGGUUGUCAGGUCAUGACUUGUGUUGAGCCGUGUAAUCGCAAGUUCUGCUACCUCUGUCAUCGUCUCUUGAACAAGUGU